UGAUAGGCAUAGCAGGCAUGGGCUUGCCCUGAGCAGCUCCCACCACAGCCCCUUCUGGGGGAGGUUUGGGGGAGGUAGGUGUGAGCCUGCUCCUGGAUGAGGCCCGAAAUGGAGCUCUGAGGGAGCAGCCAGAGGUGUGAGGAGGGCCUGGAUGCCCCCAGGACCUCUCCACCCAUAAAGGAAGGGGGACAGUGAGGAAAAGAAGCCAGGGUGUCCCCCCUCAUCCCCUGGCUGCAGGACGAGCUGCCUGCUGCUGCCCUGGGGCUUCUAAAGGAUAAACCCUCGCCUGAACAGGGGCUUGAACCCUGGACCCUCAGAUUAAAAGUCUGAUGCUCUCCCAGCUGAGCUAUCCAGGCUCACACCUGGGGGGUGGGGGGUGUCCAGGACGGACCCCACACACCCCACUUCACUGAGGCACCGGUGGGACACUGGGGGGGCUUUGCUUUGACCCCUUGCAGCCCCCCACCAGCCCAGCAAGGCCACCACAGCGUGGGGCACCCACCCUGCCGUGAGGCACAGCACCCCGGGCCCCUCCAGCCCUGGUGACUGACGAGGCCCCGCGCUGAACGGCGGCCGGUGUGUGUCUGUGUCUCUGUGUGUGUCUCUGUGUGUGCGGGGCGGAGCUGCCGGGCCCGGAAGCGCCGGCGGGGCCACGUGUGCGGGCCCGUGCUCGCAGCGCCAUGGCGUCGGCGCCCAAGAGGCCCAAGGCGGCCGGCGGCGGCUCCCGCGGCGAGGGCGGAGGGGACGCGCUGGCCGCGUUCCUGGCGUGGUGCGGGCGCGCCGGGGUGCAGCUCAGCCCCAAGGUGCGGCUGUGCGGCGAGGGCGCGGUGGCGGGGUACGGCAUGCUGGCGGCCGCCGACCUGGACGCGGGAGAGCUGCUGGUCAGCAUCCCCCGCAGCGCGCUGCUGUCCCAGCACACCAGCGCCAUCCAGCCCCUGCUGCAGCGAGCCCAGGAGUCCCUGCAGAGCCAGUCAGGGUGGGUGCCGCUGCUGCUGGCUCUGCUGCACGAGUACACAGCCCACAGCUCCCACUGGCAGCCCUAUUUCUCCCUCUGGCAGGACUUCAGGAGCCUGGAUCACCCCAUGUUCUGGUCUGAAGAAGAGCGAACACGGCUCCUGAAGGGCACAGGCAUCCCCGAAGCUGUGGAGAAGGACCUGGCUAACAUCCACCUGGAAUACAGCUCCAUCAUCCUGCCUUUCAUGGAGGCCCACCCUACCAUCUUUGACCCCAAGCUGCACACGCUGGAGUUGUACAAGCAGCUGGUGGCAUUUGUCAUGGCCUACAGCUUCCAGGAACCCUUGGAGGAGGAAGAUGAAGAUGAGAAGGGGCCCAACCCUCCCAUGAUGGUGCCUGUAGCAGAUAUUUUGAAUCACGUGGCCAACCACAACGCCAACCUGGAAUACUCAGCCCACUGCCUGCGCAUGGUCACGACCCAGAGCGUCAGCAAAGGACAAGAGAUCUUCAACACCUACGGGCAGAUGGCCAACUGGCAGCUCCUGCACAUGUACGGCUUCGCCGAGCCCUACCCCGGCAACACCAACGACACGGCCGACGUGCAGAUGGUGACCGUGCGCCAGGCCGCGCUGCGGCGGGCCGGGAGCGCGGCGCAGCAGCGGCUGGUCAUGGAGCAGUGGGAGUUCCUGUGCCAGCUGGAGAUGGUGGGGGAGGAAGGGGCCUUUGUGCUGGGCUGGGAGGAGGUGCUGACAGAGGAAGAGCUGUCUGCCACGCUGAAGGUGCUGUGUAUGUCAGAAGAGGAAUUCAAGGCAUAUAAGGAACAAGAUGGCUGGGAAGACGACAGCGAGGAAAACUCUACCCUCUCCUAUGAGGCUCUCUCCAGACUUCAACCCCUUUGCAAGAAGCUCCUGUGCGACAGUGUGCUGCUGACCCUGGAGUCCUAUGGGUCAGACCUGAAGGCAGAGCAGGACUUGCUGAGCCCAGAGGCUUACGAGAAGCUGAGUCGAAGGGAGCAGCAAGCGCUGCACGUGCGCUACGGCCAGAAGAGGAUCCUGCACCAGGUGCUGGAGCUGGUGCAGUAGGAACCUUCCUGUCCUGCAGGGAACAGUGGGAGAGCUUGGGCAGGGAGCUCAGGCUGUGGGCCACCUCUGCUGCUGAGACUGGACAAGGGUCCCCCUGUCCCUCAUACAGCGUGUGCGUUUUUAGCUGCCUCUGUGUAAAUAAAGUGUCACCCAGCAGAAGGGGGUUUGGAGGGCCCUGGCUUAAGUAAGCACUCUGGAGCAAACCUCCCCACCUUCUUCUAGAGGACUUGGAAAGCCCAGACCUCCUCAUGGCUGUUUUGAGGAGGGCAGACAACACUGUCAGAACAGCAAGUGGGUUCCCUCAGUCAGCAUCCAAAGCGUCAGGCAAGAGCUGCUCCUUGUGCAGACAAAGAGGGCAGAAGCCCAGCUGGUGGCUCUGAGUGUGCAGAGUAAACAUCUGGCAGAGAUGCUGAGGACACAACCCUUGCCCUACAUGUUGUUAAUACUGGCACUACAAGGAGUACAGGCUCAUCCAGCUGGUUUUCAGGGAGGCUCAGCACAGUGAGCUAUUUCCUUGUACCUCUCCAGAAGGCAUUUCUGAUGGGCAAGAGACACCCUGGAUACACACCCUCCAGCUGGGCAGUUCUUCCCUCAGCUCAGGCAGUACUCUGCAGCAUCUUUUCUAUAUUGAUGUUUUUCCUGCAGCAGUUUUUGCAUGACACCCCCCUGGAGCUCUGCAGGCCAAGCUAUACUGAAUAAAGAUGCUGUUUCUUACUUGGCCAUGG